GGAUAAGAUUGUUGUGUGGUAGUUUGCCUAAAAUCAGGGGAUUUUUUCUAAGGUUUUUUUUCCUACGAAGCUCAGCUUUUUGUACCGGAAGUUUGAAUAUAAGAUUUAGGGGGCAUCAAGACAACACAUUGAGCCCUCGAAAAACCAAGAACAAAAUCGUCAUUUAUGGUGAAUGAAUGUGGACCAAAUCGUUUAAUUUCGAGGUGAUAGUGAUAUGCUUCCUGUCGCUCAUCCCCUGGCCAGGGCCCAGUGUCUUCAAGAUUCAAUGUUCCCGCGAGAGCGCCCGUGUCGUCCGGAAGAUCGUGCAGUCCAAGUGGCUGCCGAUCCUGGACAAGUACCAGGUGAAGAUGCCUCUGGAGUGUCCAUUUCAUCCACUACGAGACAUCUUCGGGCCCCAGAAUGCCGUCAAGAAGCAGAACCGACCGAGCCAGUGGACUUGCGGCUUCUGCGGUAAGAGCUUUUACGAGGAGAAAUUCUUGGAUCUGCACUUCGACAAUCGCCACAAGAGCAACAUAAAUAUGGCGGAAGACGCUGUCUGCUUGGCGGACUAUUGCGACAUUAUGCGUUGUGAGGUGCUCCUCAGUCACGAUUCAACGCUGUCGUUCGGGGACGCCGGCACCGUAUCCACGGACAUUGAAGUGUGGAACGAAGCGACAGCCUACAGGACUGCCAUCACACCGUCCGGACCGAGAGAUCUGGCCAGGGUGCCUCAGAGAUCCAAAUUUUUCCCACCCCUGUCAGUGUUCAUCCCGGGAGUGAAGGAGUCCAGCGGCAGUGGAGCAGGAAGGGUGGUUAGACGGAAGAGAACUUGCAGAGAGCCGCAGGACAGGAGCGAAGACGAUGGUGAAUCCAGCGAGACUCUCGGUGCAGCUGAUGAGGAUGAUGAGUCGGACGAUGGGAACAACACUUCAGCUUGUGAUAAGAAUCUCGUGGAUUCUGCUCUCCCGGCGAUAGAUAAGAAGCAGCAAAAGUUGUCCGAGUUGCAACGGCUGAAAGCCAAUUGCAAGUCUGAGGAUCUGGAUCUGCUGAAGAAAAAGUGCGAGGUGCUGAUUCGCGAUUGUAUCGCUGGUCUCCUGGUGAACUUGUCGCAGCAGGACUUUAAGGAGAUGGAAGAGGAACUCAACCGCGCAGUUUGCUGGUACCUAACGUGUGAGAGAUACUGGGAGGACAGUCCGACAGAACCUAAGCCCUUCCCUUGGGGUUUGGUGUUUGUCCUCGUGAUGGUGCUCUCGUUGGGAGUGUGCUUCUGCUACUACAUCAUUUGGGUUCUUUUUGACUCCGAUGACCUGACCAUGGCAAGUGCCCAGGCGACAGCGCGAUCCAGUCCCCUGCAUGCGCGACACCAUCUGGCGUCUCAGCCUUCACAGCAAAUCCUGUAUUCUCAUGCGGGCGGGCUUGUUGGCAACAUGGCAGAUGCGAGCUUGGCGGUUGGCACAAACAGUGGUGGCUUCUCAGAAGAGAUCUAUUCCGCUGCAACGGAGAUAGGCGAUCUGGGACAGAAUGAGCACUACAUCUACGUGACGUAUCCGCCAGAGUUGAAGCGUCGACUGCUCGAAAGCUGCUACAAUCGAACAACACGCUUGUGAGAGUCGAUAAGUGGUGGGAGUAGGUUUGUUUGUAGGGCGCCUAGGAUAACAGUCAACACUUUCUUAUUAACUUUGAUAACAACAAAUUAUGUAGUCAAUGAUAUAGCCAAAGUAUUCAUAACCAUUUUACCUAAAACGUUUCUUACAAACAGUUAGUAUAUUCCAAAAUUGUAGUUGGCAUUAGUUUUGAAAUCCUGAUAUAGUUAUUAAAAAAAAAUCUCUUUUAUAGGAAACCAACAAAAAUUUAAGCAAUUAGACAAAAAGUGCAAUUUUAGUAAAUUGUAAAUUUUGAUUUCUUGCAUUUUUUUAAACUCAUACUUUUCAUUAUGGGCAAAAACUCAAAUCUUUUUUUUUUAUCUAUGGCUCGAACUUAAGACCUUGGUUCUGACCUAGAAAUACCAUCAGACUUACCCAGUUAUUUUACAUGAAGUAUUUCGACUUUAACUAUGCUCUGAAAAGGUAAUUUUGAAACAUUUUAUAUGAGAUACUUGGGUUACAGAGUGCAGACAUGGCCUAGAAUUCUGGUGAUUUUUGCCAAACAUAUUUUUUGUUUUUGGUAAAAAUCAUCUGAGGUCAAGUUGCCACUCACCUCGUGAAAGAACCAAUGUAACUGAAUUCCAGUUUAUAAAUUGAAUUCUUUUUUUUUUUGCUAAGAGGGCUCCUUGGGAGGAUCUGGGAAUUUCGAUAUGUACUUAUGGCAAGCGGUACAUCUUGAAGUCCUCAGAUUCUUCUAGUGUAAUUAUCUGUAUAUAAUUAACAUGAGUAAGGACUAUUAAAUAAUACAAAAGGUACAGCUGUUGUUCGUCUCGUUCGUCUCGUGCGUCUCGUUCGUCUCGUUCGUAUCAGUGUUGUGAAAUUUAGAGAAUUACAGGCGUUGAUUAAUACCAUCUGAUAAUGAGAUCAACGUGUAUUUUUGUAUCAAAAGUACUUUCCGAUACUUUAUCAGAGAAAUAAUGUAUACAAAGCGAGACUAGGAAAAAGAACUUGCGCUUUUUAAUGUACAUAUUGUAUAUAAAAGGAACAGGCGCAAGUUCUCUAUCAAAUUUGCUCUGUGUACAUUUCGUAUUAUUCAAAAAUAAUCAACAAUUAUGGUGUACUCCAAAAAACUUCUCAACCAUUGAUUUGUACAUCAAUAGACAGUUUCAGAAACUACAAAAGCACUUUCUUAAAAUCUCAGUUUUGAAAUGACAUAAGAACCUUAAAAUGGUUUUCAAAAAGAUUUUAGAGUGCCUAAAGAUCAAAACACUUGACCAUGCGAAAAUAUUAAGAGUUAGUAUUGGUUCUGAGUCACUGCGUUAAUUAAUCUUUGCGUUGUUGAUGUAUUACCUUUUCUAAACUAUUUAAAGCAGUACAACAGCAAAACAUUGUUUGAUUAACACAUUACCAUACUAAUCUCAUGUAAUCGGCAAAAGAUUGACAUUCACGGAGACACAAAAAACCUCCACAGCACUAUUGUUGUGGCGGUUGAAAUUAUAGCCCGAAUUGUGACAAUUACAUUCAAGAUUACAUUGGUUCAUUACAUUUUUUCGUCUAUUUUCUUCAUUAAUUCUAUUCUAAGUUUUUCGAAUAGCCUGUGUAUGCAAAUUUUGCCUCUUUUUUAUAAUUUCUUAUUAGUAUUUUGCCGUUGAAAAUAUGUUAUUUAGCGUUUAUUUCUUAGGUGAAUAUUGUUGACAAUUUUGCAUUAGAAUAAUAAGAUGAUUUAGAAACUGUUUUCACGAACUAUUUUAAUAUUAGAAUAUGUUCUUUUCUCCUGGACGUGACAAUUGCAGGGAGUGAACACGUUUGGUUUUUUACAAAACCAAGAGAUUGUCAAAGAAUCAAUUUUUAGGCCGGUUGAUUAGUUGACACUUAAGGAAUUGUGAAGAGACACACUUGUUCAUACCUAUGUAAUAAUGAUAAAAACUACUAUAUUCUACUAAGAAAUCAAUUGAAUCAAAGAGGCUUGGAAUCCAUAGGGAAUACACAUGAAAAUAAAAAC